GUGCUCUGUGUAAGCACGCAUCUCGCGGCCCAAAGUGUCAAACAACUCGAGUACCGGUGGCUAACAAGCUUCGACGCUUGUUCCCAAAAUACCGCGCAGAAGUCCACAGAAGUUCUUUAAAUUGUACAAAAUGAGAGAUUUUGCAUACUGUUCCGUGUACGUGGCCUUUUUACUGGCCAUGGCUUCGGCUAGAUCAGCCGAGACCAAUCCCACGACCAAUUCCAUCAACGAAGAGACAGCAAGGUCUAGCGGAAACAGCAACGUGUUUGGAGAUCUUCGACAGAUGUACCAGAUUUACAAGGAAUGCGCGGACGAGGAUAUCAGUUCUUGUUUGAAAGUGAGGUUGCUGUCGGCCGUAGACAGGGUGUCUAGGAGCACUCAGUUGAACGUUGCCGACGGUGUUACCUUCGUUCAGGACGAGCCUAUCUCUAACGCGGAGGAACCACCGAAAUCUCUUCAGGAGAUUGAGGCCGGGCUACCUAGGGCUUUAGACGACAAAGAAAAUGCGUUGAAUACCAUGAUCUUCGACAAGGUGAUGAAAUUUUUCCAAAGCCAUACGUUGAAGUUGAAGCUGCCCAAUGUAGAGGAACUUCAACGGAGUUUGGUGGAAGAAGGCCGCAAAAAGAAGAAGAAUAUGGGCGGUCUGCUAGCUAUUCCUCUGUUGAUUGGUGGAACUUUGGUACCAUUGGCCUUAGGAGCGUUAGCUCUUUUAGCUGGCAAGGCUUUGAUCGUUAGCAAGCUGGCUCUGGUAUUGGCUUCCAUCAUCGGUUUGAAGAAACUAGUGUCAGGAGGCGGGGAUCAUGGCCAUGAAGUCGUUCAAGUUGCCGGAGGCCACGGAUCCAGCGGAUGGGCGAGAUCGAGUCACGAUCUCGCCUAUUCCGCCUACAAGCCAUCGUCUACUUAGCAAAACAAAGGGACAACAGCGAGACGUAUUUUCAAUCUCGUUAGACUUCGCUUUCACGAGGCAUCCGUGUGAUGUUUGUCGGAUGUCGCUUUCCUCUUCGACCGUUCACCUUUCUCAUCUUCCCAUUUUCUACGACUCCUUCUUUCAAUUCGUUCCGCUUCAUUCUUCCUCUCCCUCUUUAUCGCCUCUUUCUCACUUUAUCA